AUGGUUGGAGGAGGAGGGGGAAGGCACCCUCCAGGUCCACACGGAACCGGCUCGACAGGGUUAGUUGCUGUCGGCGGCGGACGGAUUGGGCAGAGUGUGGUGAUGCACUGGCAUGGCCUUGGAAGGCAUGGCGGACACUCUGCUCCAGGUGGGCAGGGCGGGCAGAGCGGUGGAGGGAUAGGCGCGCAUGGAGGGCAGAUCACGCAUGUUUGGCUGGAAGUGGGAGUGGGUUUAGGCGGGGUUGUCACAGGGGGAGGUGUAAGUGUUGGUGUGAUGGUUGGAGGGAGGGGUGUAGCGGUUACGGUGGUUAGUGUUGCUGUCGGCCUCGGCGGGUUGCACGUGCGGGUGAUGCACGGUGGGCAAGGUGGAGGAGGAGGACAGGGGGUACAGACGAUCCCGUCGCAGGGUGGGCAAGGUGGGGGAGGCAGGCAACCUGGGCAGACCACACAGAGAACGGGUGUGGUUGUAAUUGGGGUGGGAGUAACGACGGUGGUCGUUGGCUUUGUGGUGAUGGACGGGCAGGAAGUUACGCAAGGCCCAAUGGGGAGUGGGCCGGUGCUGGGUGGGCAGAGGAGGGUGCAGGUACCGUCUAUCGGUGAGACUGGCGCUGGAAUGGCAUUCACAGCGUGGAGUACCCCGAGGACCACCACUAGGCCUCGGAACAUGGACAUGGUUGGGUUCCACGAGGGCAUGAGUACGGGUUGUAGACCGUGGGGCUAA